CACUAGCAACUACUCUCUCUCUUUCUCUGCUUCUCCUCUGUUUCUCUCUGUUUAUUUUCAAUAACCACGAAACGAGGCUCAAAUACUGGUUUUUCUGCAAUUGAUCCUCCCAUUUUCCCACUCGCAGAUGUCAACAAAAAGCAAUAGGGCGUGUUUCAGUCCUGAUGUAAAUGAGAAACCAACCUUCUUCCUCAAGCAUGGUGAGCGAAGUGGAAGAGUAUUAGGAAACAGAAAGAGGAUAAUCGGAAGUUGGACUUUCCGAUUGCCAAAAGACCCGAGAUUCUCACCGGUGAAAUUUCUAUUGCGGCUCGGAGCAAAGGUGGCGAGAGCUACUGUAAGGGUUGUUUCCAUGAGAAGAAGAUCGUCCAGGAAGGUUUCUUCUUCAUCAACUUUGGUCAGGUCACGUUCUUUAUCAGAUCCUACCGAUUCACACAGAGCUGAGGCUGUAGAAGAUUGCAUUGAGUUCUUACACUCUUCUUCCUCCAGGGAGAGACCCUCCAGAUGAGUUCUCUGCAAAUUGGUGUUAGAGACAAUUUUUUGUAAGAUUCCAAGGCAUGUAUAAUAGAGAAAAGGGUAUGCUUUGUUGAUUUGGAUUAACAUGCUCAGUAAAGAUAGGAAAAAUGAAAGUUUUGUAUCAGUAAAGAUUUUUGGGUUCAGUUGGUGAUCUUUUGUUGCCUUCGGAUUCAGAACAGUCCAUCUCGCGCCUUACAAACCUUUUCUUUUCCUUCUUUUA